AUGAAAAACUCAACAGACUUAGACUUCGGUUCACUUGAUACUAAACACGUCGAUGUAUUUCGACAGUUACUAAAUCAAGAGACCUUGAUCCGAAUGACAUUGGUGAAAAAUGUCCACGCACUGAUGAAAGACAUGGUGUCCCUUCAACAAAGUCUCGUGUCUUCAGAAAGCGAGAUAUCUUCGCUGAAAGAAACAACCACCAGAGAAAUAUCCGAGUUGAAGAAAGAGUCGCCGAGUGUUCGAAACACAACUGCUAAAGGAAAACAAGUGUUUGAACAGAACACGUCCGGUAUCUUAGCAGACAUUAAAACUGAAGUUCGGUAUUUGUCCAUUACGCUUCUGGACCUCCAUAAACACAGUCUGGAAAUCGACAAGAAUAUUCCGGAACUCAUUGACAACAGAUACAAAUUGAUAUCAGGGAGACUUAAUGAUUCUCUGGAGGCUUAUAACACAGAACUGAGAUCAGCCAAUGAUAAACUGAGUUUGGCUCUAACUGACCUUCAGAAAAAUCAACAGACCAUGACAGAUUCCUUAUCUGAUCAUAUGAACAACACAAUGGAAGACCUACAAUCGGAACUCAAACAGACUCAGUUUGAACAAUUAAAACUCUCGUCUUCUUUGUCAUCUCUUGAGGUGCUCCGAUUGAAUUUUACCAACAGGCAGUGUGGUGUGUCAACAAAAGUAGCCUUCACCGCGGGUAUAACGUCACAGGACACUUCAUGGAGCGGAAGUACACUGGUUUUCCCCAAGAUAAUAUUUAAUACAGGUGGAGGUUACAAUCCCACUACAGGGAUGUUCACGGCCCCCGUGGACGGGCACUACGUCUUCUUUGUCUGUGUACAGAGUUAUAAUACAAAUGAAAUUUGGGUGGACAUUGUAUUGAAUGGAGAAUCUCAGGUCAGAACAAUGGCGCACGACAAGCAUGAUAAGGAUUAUUUCGAGACAGGGGUUAACCUGGUUGUGUUAAGGCUAAUCAGGGAGACAAGGUGUGGGUCAAACGUAGUCGAGGCACAGGAUACUAUUCCGACUCUGUACCUAUCACAACCUUCUCUGGAUUCCUUUUUCCCCUUCCUUCGUCCAACAAUGUCAUCGGCUGAGAAUAACGCUGCUGCAUUAUGGGUAACCUGGGAUCCAAUGUCAAUUACAAGGGAGGCUAUCAAAGGAGUUUUUCAAGGUUUUGAGCGCCAUUACUGUAUCCCGAGGUUGUUGACAUCCUGUCAGAUGAGCCUAACAGAGUGUAUGUCAAAUGGAGAGGCGUGUCCGCGUGACUGUUUGAGUUACAAGGUGGUAGAGUACAUGUUGACUCGAGGAUAUCCGUAA